AUGGUGGUUGCCACAAAGCUUCUGGCACGUAGAAAUCUUAUCGACACAGGAAAGCAAUUCAACAUGAUAGCAGCUGCUUGGAUACAGUUCAUGAUACAUGAUUGGAUUGACCACUUAGAAGAUACCCAACAGAUUGAGCUCACUGCACCAAGAGAAGUUGCAAAUGAGUGUCCCCUCAAGUCCUUCAAGUUUUACAAGACAAAGGAGGUUCCUACCUGCUUUUAUGAGAUCAAGAGUGGUUUCUUGAACACUCGAACGCCUUGGUGGCUAGUAACUUCUGCUGUCAUUGCAAAGAUCCAUACCAUCGAUUGGACCGUUGAGCUUCUCAAAACCGAUACAUUGCUCGCAGGAAUGAGGGCCAAUUGGUAUGGAUUGCUGGGGAAGAAGUUCAAAGAUACAUUUGGCCACAUUGGAGGAGCAUCCCUGGGAGGUCUUGUGGGUUUAAAUAAGCCUGAGAAUCAUGGUGUGCCGUAUUCAUUGACUGAGGAAUUUGUCAGCGUCUAUAGGAUGCACUCGCUCUUACCUGAUCACCUUCUCCUUAGAGAUGUCAAUGGAGCACCAGGAUCCAACAAAUCCCCACCGUUGAUUGAAAAGAGAACAAGCCUUAUCAGAGAUUGGAUUUACAAAGCAAAUGGUUUCAAUGGGCCAUCAAGCUUGUGGGGCCCUUGA